AUGGCAUCGGGACACACUUCUCAGCAGCCGACCGGCACCAAGCCGGGCAGCCCUGGUAACCUGAACCCUGGACAGCAGCACAUGCUGGACAAGUUCCGCAAGAGCAUCCAGGACAAGGGCAUCUUUGCGCCCGACCGUCAUGACGACGCGUGCUUGUGCCGCUUCCUGCGUGCCCGUAAGUGGGACCUUGCUGCGACCGAGUCCAUGUUCAUCGAGGCCGAGACGUGGCGCAAGGAGAACAAGGUCGACGAGCUUUACGCCGAGUUUACCUUCCCCGAGAAGGAGGCGGUGAGCAAGCUCUACCCCAAAUUCUACCACAAGACCGACAAGGAGGGUCGCCCUGUGUACAUUGAGCAGCUCGGCAACCUCAACAUCAAGAAGCUAUUUGAGGUCACCACGCCCGAGCGCCUGAUCCAGCAGCUGAUUGUCGAGUAUGAGCGCUUCCAGCGCGAGCGUCUUCCGGUCUGCUCGGAGGUCAGCGGUCAUCUGAUCGAAACGAGCUGCACAAUCAUGGACCUGAAGAACGUCGGCGUGAGCCAGUUCUGGAAGGUGUCGUCCUAUGUGCAGCAGGCGAGCAGGAUUGGCCAGUACUACUACCCCGAGACGAUGGGCCGCUUCUACAUCAUCAACGCUCCCUACAUUUUCACCACCGUCUGGUCGGUGGUCAAGGGCUGGCUCGACCCCGUUACCACGGAAAAGAUCCAGAUCAUCGGCUCGAACUCGGUCGCGGAGCUCGGCAAGCAGAUCCCGCUCGAAAACCUUCCUUCGCUGGUCGGCGGCAAGUGCGAAUGCCCGGGCGGCUGUGCCAUGUCGGACGCCGGCCCAUGGAAGACGCCCGAGGGUGAGGAGAUCAUCAAGAAGGUCCAGGAGCAGAAGGCGCAGCUCAAGCGCGAGUACAACCAGGAGGGCGCCGGCUCGGUCGAGGCGCCCAACACGGCCCCGGGUCUGCCGGAGAGUGCCGGCGAGCAGGGCGCCGUGGCUGGCGGCGCGGCUGCCGGCGGCGUUGCUGCGGGUGCCGCGGCGGGCGCUGCUACGGCUCCGGAGGCCUCAGGCGACUCGGCUGCCACGAAGCAGCUCGAGACGGAGGCCCAAGAGCCCGAGACGGUGGUCCCGGUCUCGGCGGCGUCGGGCGCCGAGUCCGCCCCUGCGCCGGCCGCCGAGGGCCUCGCGCCCCCCCUGGCCCACACCGCAGACCUUGCCGUGCCUGUGCAGGACAGCGAGGCCCUCCAGCUCCAGAGCCCCAGUAAUGGCGAACUGGCGCCUCCGAUUUCACAGUCUUGA